AUGAAAAGAGGAAAUGAUUCCCCCGAACGACUGAUUUCCGCCACAAGGGAGAGUAGGGUGAGUAUUUAGUCAAAUGGAGUUAUUGCAGUUUUCCGUCAUUUUACGCUUUGCUUUCUAUCUGUCUCCCAAUACUUUAUUCUAUCAUGAUUACACCUCGUCUGAAGCAACAGAGAGCUCACUUUUGUCGGCAUCGUUGUUGCUAUAGUCUCAUUGAAAAUGUGGAAUUUGCUGCUGAGGUUUGAUAAUUUAUUCCGUGGAUAUCUACAAAGCCUUUUCACGGCAUAUGAAUUUCUCGUGACCUUCGGAGCCGAACGUUAACUUAUUUCUUCGACCACUCCUUAAAUUCAGGAAGGCAAAUGUUUUAGUUCCCUAAAGGUCACGUGGAAUUGAAUUGUAACCAUUGGUGUGACAAGAACGAGAAGUCUGAAUACUUCAAAAAGAACAACAACAGCCUAGAGAACAUUUCCGUUUUUCUAUUCCUUUUGCAAUGCUCUUUUCGGUCUCACCCUCGCUUCUUGAGCCCAGAUUUAGUCAGAAGAUGACCCCUCGACCAGUCAACAAUGUACAUCUAAUUGCGAAUAGAGACGACCAGAAAGUUGAGCUCACACAUAGAUCUAUACACAUCAGUCUGCACUUUGUAUGAUUUUUGAACGAAAAAAUACUCCUACUUAUAACUUGCCACGUCGCAAAAAUGCAACCCGACAUAAAAAUCGGAAAAGUGUGUCUUUUGCUGAGGUGGAGGACGAGCUUUCGUGUCAGGUAAGAUCAACCAAUCUUAAGACCGUCUAUUAGAUUGCAUCCCAUGACCAUGGCACCUGAAUAAUCGGGGAUUUUGAUGGCCGCUAGCUCCUUCUCGGUUAAGAUGGUCCCUGUGCAAGAGAAGAAGUGGCUUCUUUUGCGGCAAGACCAAAAAAAUGAAGAGUAAUGCGACAUGCAAUGAUCCCUGGAGACAAUUGGUACUCUGGUCCAAAAGAAGACCCGAUUUGUCGCACAUUUGCCCCCUUCUUCAUUUUGUUUCUAGCGACACAUCUCGUGUCAAAGUGUACGAGAUUUCUUCAAAACCUUGACCACACUUCCGUCGGUUUCUAGCUUAAUUAGCAUGCAUUCUUACAUGGACAGAACGCAUGUCACAAAGAUAAAAGAAUGCUCAACGAAUGAAUGAGCUCAAAGAUUCGCGUUCAGAUAAGAAGCUUUAAAGUGGUCGCGGCGUACUUAGAAGCCGAGUGUAUUUUGCUCUUUUCGACUUUAGCAUCGGCUUUCAUCUUGUCAUUCUUCAGAGACUUGUCCAUGAACCAGACUCUAUGGACAGCAGAUCUAGUCCGUACAUAAGACCAGCUCCUUACAGUGGAGGGGUCCAGGCACACUUUGAAGAGGAUGACGACAGGUCAAAGGUAUGGUAACCCGCUGUAUUGAUAUGAACAAAUAUAAUGUUGUAGUUACAUGCUUCUGCUCUGUAUUCUGAAAGAAGGACAUCGUCUAGAAAGUCUCUGAGAUCUCAGAGGAUCGAUUACCACACCACAACUAUCAAAUCUCUCUGGUUUGAUUUCUGUGCAAGAACAUCUUCCCAUGGUAUUCCAUACGUUGGGUAAGCUAUCAGAUUCUCAGUUUGGUUUUCGAAUUUAUACAUGUUAAGUACAUCGUCGUUCUUCGGAAGAUAUGUGUGGGCGGCACUCUUCUUGUGCAUGCUUAUGGCAUUUCUCCUUCAAACUUACUGGACUAUGUCGGAAUACUUGCAGUACAGAACAAUCAUCGAAAUGCAAUUGCAGUUUGAAGCAGGUUAUACUCGUUUGUAAUUCAUUUUUGUUACUUUUUCUUACUUUAAGCUGCCUUCCCAGCUGCCACAGUGUGCAACUUGAACGCGUUCAAGUACAGCGAGCUCAUUCAAUACGACGAGAUCAAAGAGGGAGUAAGUUUCGCAUUCUUUACAACCAGUUGAAGUCUUAUUCAGUUCGACUAUUGGGAGAGAGUGAUAAACGCUCGAAUGAUGAGUGACAGCAUGAAACCAGGUGGAAAUUUGGAAGCAAUAAACGUCAGAAAGUAUCAGAACAGAUUAAAAAUUCUGUCUUGAAAGAAAAAUUGUGUUUCAGAAAACGUGGCAAGGACCGAGGUGAUCUUCUGUUUCCAAUCGACGACGAAGACCUAGAAGGAGCAGAAUACCAGCCAGUGUUUGUGAGAUGUACUUGUAUGAAUAUGGAACAAUGUGUUCCGAAUAGAAAUCCUUUGGAAGUUUGUCUGAGCUAGUUUCAUUAGAGCACAACUUGUUCUUCAGGUCAAUGCUUCCAUUUGCAUGUGCUUCGAAGAUGUGACACGUGGAUUGAUAUGGCCAUGUUACCCCACUUCCGUGUGGACCGUCAAAAAAUGCUCGGGAUGCUCCAUUUCAAGCACAUGUCCAGACCCUGAUGGACCUUACGCGUCGAAACAACUAAGCAAGAGCAACAACCCGCUUCCCUGUCUCUGCCAGUCAAUUUCACAUCAUUGUAUGGUACAUCCGAAAGACGAAAUCCGGUGGUGGAACCCGAACAACUACACCGUCUACUCAGUCACAGAUCCGCCGACAACUGAAAUAACAGAAACGGAAGAAGCCUUCGGAUUGAGCGUAAGUCAAACAGAAAAUGCACUCGCUCAUUGAUGUAAACAAUUCAGGAUUUAAAAGAUGCGGGAGCGAUCACGACUCAGACUAAAGAGAACUUGAUCUUCUUAGUAGCUGCUCUGCCCAGGGAUACCAGAAGAAACCUCUCGUACACUCUGAAUGAGUUCGUGCUCCGAUGCUCUUUCAAUUCAAAGGAUUGCAACAUGGAGCGUGACUUCAAACUUCACAUAGAUCCUGAGUACGGUAACUGUUACACGUUCAACUUCAACGACUCCGUUGAGUUGAAAAACAGCAGAGCCGGUCCCAUGUAUGGUAAGAGAAUUGAAGCAACAAUAUUUAUAUUGUCUCAACUGGUAAUAAUAGGUCUACGUCUCCUACUAAAUGUUCACCAAAGUGAUUACAUGCCGACGACUGAAGCUGCAGGAGUUAGAUUGGUGGUUCACGAACAGGACCAGGAACCAUUCCCUGAUACUUUUGGAUACAGUGCACCCACUGGGUUCAUUUCAUCUUUCGGACUUAAAACGGUAAUUCAUUAGUUCACUGGAACCAUAAAUGUUCUUUUUUAGAAAGAAUUACAUCGACUCAGUGCUCCGUGGGGAAACUGCAGUGACACAUUCCGACCAAUUCCGUACAUUUACAACGAGCAUUAUUCUCCUGAAGUAAAUUGCAAUUAUCUUGAAUUGACGAUAUAAGAAUUUUAGGGAUGCCAUAGAAACUGUUUCCAACUUAAAGUGCUCGAAAUAUGCGGAUGUGGAGACCCUAGAUUCCCGCUUCCCACAGAAGAACACAGACACUGUAACGCAAAGUCUAGGAUUGAUCGUACUGGAACAAAUAUUAUCAAGAGUCUGAUGGUCAUUUACAGGCCAAUGUCUUUCAAACCUAACGAGUGACUCUGGAGGAUACCACCAUUUGCAUGAACAGUGCGAAUGCAGACAGCCUUGCCACGAGAAAGUGUUCGAAACAGCGUAUUCGGCGUCCGCAUGGCCUAGCAUCAACUUCAAAAUAGGAGAAGACUGCCCGGCCGUAGUGGAUAUCUUUAACGACACAGAGGCUUGCACAGAGUACUACCGACAGAACACGGCGUACAUUGAAAUAUAUUACGAGCAACUUAACUUUGAGUCACUCAAGGAAACCGCUGGCUAUACUGUGAGUCUUUAAAGUGAUAAUCGGAUUAUGGAAUUCCAACGUUCAAACUUCAAAGUGCAUAUAUUAUAUGAUACAAAGAUCGUCAAACAUAUUUCAGCUCGUGAAUCUGUUCUCUGAUUUCGGAGGCAACAUCGGAUUGUGGAUCGGAUUUUCAGUCAUCACAUUCGCAGAAUUCACCGAACUUUUCUGCGAGGUACAUAGAAGUUGUACGAAAUUCACACUCAGCUAACAUUUUCAGAUCGGAAAGCUGCUAUAUAUCAGAGGAGUAAUUUACGUUCAGAAAAAGAUGCAGAGAAAAGAUUACACUUCGUCCUCUCUGAUGCACAUUGACUUCUUGCAUCGGUCACCUCAAAAACAGCACACAGAUCCCGGCGAAGACGAAAUGUCGACGAACGAGUCAACGAAGGAAUUAAUGAGCAAAUCAUUAGACUGA